ACACGUGCGUCCGCACGGGAUUGGCCAACGCGCCGGCGUUACGUCAAGCGCUCGCGGUUGAGUCGGAGAAGCGCACAUUUUCAAUGACACCGGCGGGCGUGGCCACGCAAACGAACGCGGAGCUCCGCGGACAUGACCGCCGCGUCCGCGAGCACCACGGCGUUCGUAGAGCCUCCGUGGGAGAUGCGUGGACUCGGGGAGCGUGAGUGACUGACACCCGCGUGACUCCGUCCAGGACUGGAGGGUAGAGCCGGGGGGGAGCAGCCGGGAGCGACAUGACAGUUCUCACCCAGAGGAGGAAACGCUAAAGCUCUGAUAUGCCAAAGGAGCAGAGUCAUUCAGGGGAGUUUACUUCCUGCAGCAGCUCAAAGAAUGCCAAAGAAAAGAGCAACUGCGCUACCUUGCGAGCCUCUCUGGCUGGAAACCACAGGAACCUGAGUGGAAUGGGUGAUAUGAGCAAACACAUGCUGUGUUGUGACUCUGAGAAGGACUCUGGGUAUUCAGAGGCUGGCUCUGAUGACCAGCACAGCAGUGACAGGGAGCCUAAGAGGGCCAGCAGUCUAACCUCCAGCAGCUCCACUCCCCAUGAGGAGCUGACCCCCAUCUAUAUCUUCAAAAACCUGCAGUCUGGAGCAGACCAACUUCUGCAUGGCCCCCUUUCAUGGGCUGGAGGUUGGCAGAGCCUCACUGGUGGAAAGGCAGCCGCUCAGCUUGUACUGAUUCAGCAGCCAGUGGUGCCCGCCCCUUCGACCUCAAACCUGACAUCAUGCUCCUCUCUGACACCAAGACAAGCCCACGCCAAAAGAGGAGGAAACCGCACCAAUCUCCCCAACAACAACAAGAACUCCUACCUGCCCAUUCUGAAUUCCUACCCCCGCAUUGCUCCCCACCCUGGAAAGGAGAUCCCUGAGGGAAAAGGUGCUGCCCCAGCAACAGGACUCAAGGAAAGUGGCAGUGAAGGCCAAAGCCAGAGCAAAAGAGUUCGUACUGAGGAAGAGAAGAGGGAGGAUCCGCUGAUUGGCCAUCUGCCGCGACCUGAGCAGCAGCACAGGGAGGCUAAAGGAGUUCACAACUGCUUGCCUGGCUGCUGCAGCUGUCAACCAAAACCUCAGCAUAAUCGCCAAAAAUCUCACAGCACAGGAUCUCCAUCCGUCUCGAGCUCCCAGACUCCAUCGCCGCCCUCUUCAUCUGACUCUUCUACCUCCCCUUCCUCUUCAUCUCCUCCUUCUUCAACUGCUCACAGCCCAGAUUGUCCAGGACCAGACAGCACAUCCACGCGCCAGCGCCGGUUUCUCAACACAGCAGAGAUUCUCAACCAGUCAGGUCUGCUCGCCAUCACCCUCCGGACCAAGGAACUGCUGAAGCAGAACGCUGCUACAGAGCGAGAAAUCCUCCAGCUGCGCCAGCACACCCAGCUGCUGUGCCACAUCGCACAAGCCAGUCAAAGCAGCAGCAACCACAAUCCAGGCAAGCUCAACAAACUCUUCCAGGACAUGAAUGCGUCAGGCUCCUAUCCCACUUUGGACCUGGACCACGUGAAGGCGCAGAGCAGCGGGAUCAGCCAGCAGAGCAGGAUCAGAGAUGAGGAAGACGUUCACACGAGAGUCACGACAACAAACGGCAGCCCUUCACGCGUGGUGUCCCUGUACCACACGUAUGAUGGAGUCUCACCCCCUUCUCCACUAUUUGCCCCCUCACCUGACAUAGAGGAGGUGCCCUGUGAGCCGGAGUCCAGCUCAAACACUGUUUCCGCUCUCGUUCCAGCACCUGGGCAGGAAUUGGGACUGCCCUUAGAGAAAGUUGCUUCUAGAUUUUCAGACAACUCUGGACUCGGCUGUCUCCUGUAGCAUCUUUUACUAAACGACAAGUUGAAUUUUUGCUCUAAUUGAUUGGCUUUUUUAGAUGACCACUCAUUAUUUAAGAGACGAUUAAAAAUACAUAUUGCUUUUUGUUUUUGACUAAUGUAUAUUUGUGCCUUCAAAUCUUUUAUCAGCCAAUUUAGCUGAGUGUAGCAUUGUCAUGACCCCUGAAGUUUGUUGUGCAGAUUCUCAAAUAUUUUUAUGCCAUAGAAGGAAAGUACACUUAAGCUGGUGUUCAUCCUAGUAAAAUAAAAAUUUUAUUGUCCAACCUUUGUUCACAGUGAGUGACAGUAGCUCAUCUAAUCCUGCUCUAUAGGUGUACAAAGCAAAAAUAGGUAACACUUUUUGCAGUCUGUUUUUUACAGUGUAAUGCUAAAAUGCUGCAGAAUUUCCUGAUUCUUUCUGCUCAUAUUGUGAUUGUUGCUCAAUAGUUGCACAAUGCUCUUAAAAUGAGCUACAGACGUCUGGAUUUUAUGAGAAUGGCAGUGUGACUUUUGACAUCUAUGUUUGAUUUUUAAACUGUCAAAUUCUAGGAAACACUACAUUUUUUGUAAGACCCAGAGCAGUUAUGUGAUCUUUUAUCUGAUGAAGAUUUUGAAACUAUGCGCACAUUUUUUUUUAGUGUAAGCAGCAAUAAGAAAAAGCUAUCAAACUGCUGUAGUGCAGCUGCCCCUGGCACUUUCAGCUCUUAGUAGCUAUUGUAAUUGCAUCAGAACUGUACAGUGACCCCAGAUGUAAAUAUCAUAAUCAAACAUUUGUGCCAUUUUUAUUUGCACUUUUUCUGUUUUUUUUCCUCCCUUUUCUAGUCAACCGAUCUUUGAAUGAAUGUUUUGUUUGUUCAACCCUUUAAUCAGAUUAUUAAAGCAUAAAAUGGUCUAUUGUGACAUUUGUAUUCCAAUUUUCCCAUUCAUUAAGGGCUUAGGCAAUAGUUGUUUUUUCCGAAUCAGUUCAAAUCAAGCUACAUCUCGUUUCUGCAUAGUUUGGGUUAAUUCAGUUGCAGCAAAAAAUAUGUAGUUUUGAUUACCUGCUAGAAAUAGUUACUGGUUAUUCUUUCCAUAUACAUUUUCAUAGAUUUGAUAGUAGAUUUCAUCUUACUCCAUAAGAACUCAUUUUUCCCUUUAAAAUGAAAAUUGUAUGAGAUAUACCACAGACCAAGUGGACCACAGAGCACAUUUUAGAUUUUUUUUCUGUUACACUGACGUCACUAUAAUAAUAAUAAUAAUAAUACUUGGUAAUCAAAGAAAGUUUUAUUGUUUUGAUUUUUUUUAAUCUUUAGAAAUUUUAUGACGUUUCUGACGUUUUUUUAAGGACUUAACAAAGACAUUCUCUUUUCUCGAAUGGGCAAGCACAUUUGCUCAUUACCAUGACUGCAACCUAAUUUCACAAAUUGCAUCAAGUAAGGUUAAAUAAUUUCCAUAAAAGGCUCUGUUUUAAUUGUGGCCCAUGGUUUUCCUGAUAUCUUUUCAAUUAAAUACUGAUAGACUUUUCUGCCAACAGAAUUGUUGCUGGUUGUGCUUUUCUGUAGUAUUUGCUCCUUAGAGAUUUGUGAUGUGUUGGUAUCGAACUUUGCAUCUACAGGACAGUUUAACGAAGACAUUUUAAAAUUGUGUCUUGAUUAAUUUUGAUUGUACAACACUGGUUGUAUAUCAGAAAUGAGUCUGUUAGUAUCUUUAAGCGUCAUCUUAAACAAUAAACCUGCUUCCACUCUCUGAAA